UAGGAGAUUUUUAAGAUGCAGAUCUUCCCCAGGUUCUUGGCAUUGCUAUUCAAACCAUUCGGACUUUUUGUUUCUCCGCCCCCUCCCUAUUCCGAUGAAUGUGUGAGACGACCUCGGGGGUAAAGCUGUGAAACAAUAGUUCCCCCCUUUCAGAAACAGACACGACUUGAUUUUGCGCGGAUUCGUCAUAACCAGUCAUAUUGUCCUCGAGGACAACAGCCUGGUUGAAUUCACCCUCAAUGCUUGCCGCGACGAAGCGACACAAUGAGCGACCUCACUCAUAACCAGACAUCCCCGAACCCCCGCGACAAUGCCACCGACGACAAAUCGCCGACAAAUCUACCAGCGACAGCGACAGUAGCGGAAAUCCCAGAGACUGAGAAAGGAAAAGACCUAAAUCCUAGUACCCCUCUAGUGGACAAUGUGUUGCAGUUCUUAUCCACCUCGAGUAACGAGACAUUGGGUGCGUGUCUAGCUGGACUCGGCGCAGCGACAUAUCUUGUAUUAGGAAGAGUGGGAUUGAUACUCAUUGGUGUGGUGGGCGGUGUCGUGCUUCAUGCCUCAUGGGAGGGUCACGCACAACGUGGCGAUGACGGGACCACACUAGGAAAGGAGAAACGCAGGCGGGAGUUGAGUACGGACAUUGUUAAAAGGGUGCUGAAUUGGCGAGAAACCGUAACCAAAGACAAGAGCACUUCUUCCGAAGACAAUUCCGAUCUAGAUGUCUUGUUACAGUCUGGCCAACAGUUGGACUAUUCCGAUUUCAGGCCAGAGACCGCAGCAGCACUCACGGAAUUGACAGACGCGGUCAUUCGAGACUAUGUUCGAUGGUGGUACUCUCCUAUCCUACCGACUGACGAUACGUUUCCAGCCGCCUCUCGCCAAACUUUGACGGCGUUCAUCAUCUCGAUAUCUGGUCACCUUUCCCGCAAGAGACCUGCCGAUAGUUUCGUAGAUUUUGUUACGCGUUCGUCAUCGUUUAUGAUCAUCUUCUUUCAAGAGCUGUCAGCUGCCUUGGCUAAUUCAUCGACCGCUUCCAUGUCAGACGCUGUAGACACUUAUAUUCAAAUGAAGCCGGACAGUAAUUUGGGCAACAUACUAGAUGCGAAGCACCAAUCAAAACAAUUUGACAUUGCGGCGGAGGACAUUUUACAAAGCUAUUUGGAGUCUAAGACAUAUAAUUGCCGGCCAGCGCAGUUAUUCUUAAGACAAAUGCUCUCCAAGGUUGUGUUGGAGAUGAUAGUGACUAGCUGUUCCAAGCCUGAGUGGAUCAAUGCAUGGAUCGUGUACCUCCUUGAGGAUGGAGAACCCGAACUUUUGAAUGCUAUCGAUGCAGGUGUGGAGGGCUCAACUGGACAAUUGAAGAACGUGAAAACUGCCGUGGAGAAGGGAGAGCAGGCUACGAAGACACCAGCUUCUCCCGAGCAGAUCAAGCACAAAAGAGCAGUGAGCAAAGCGCAGGAAGCUAUGGACGAUGCGAUGAAGGAGGCGCAACGAUUGAGUCAACUUAUUGCGGAAGAAGAUGCGAAAAAGCUUCGCGAGCAGCAGCAGCAUGCAUCAAGUUCAAGCUUGACUGACGACCAGUCCGAGAGCACUACACAGGGCAUCGUAACGCCAACAUCGUCGCAAAGCGAGACAGCAGAUCAUGACACCACCGAAACCGUCAUGGAAACCGCUCCGGUGCAGCAUGUUCCCGAGGAGACUAUUCCAUCUCCAGUGAAAGAAGAAGUAAGGCGCCCGUUCACAAGUUUCGAUCAAAUCGUCCCACAGCAACCUCCAACCGCGCUUGCGUCGAAUUCGGCACCUGUGGAGAGGCCCCCACCAUUGACGCUGCAUAACGCAAGAAUCUCUUUCUUUGACGACGCCAUGCCAGGUGAGAAGAGUACUAUCAAGAGCAAGCCAACAGCAGAGUACCUGAUCCAGAUCGAACCUGCUUCGAAUUACCACUCCGGAUGGAUGACAGCUCGGAAGUUCACCGAUCUGGAGACCUUGCAUGAAGUGUUACGCCGCAUAGCGGCCAUAACCGGCGCAACGGGCUUCAUAGAGGCUCACUCAGCUUUACCCACCUGGAAAGGUCAUACCAAGGCGUCCCUUCGUGGUGAACUCGAACGCUACCUUAAUGACGCUCUAUCUUACAAGGCACUGGCCGAGAGCGAAGGCAUGAAGCGCUUCCUCGAGAAGGAGUCCCAGAUGGGCAAAUCACCCGGUUCAAAGGGAUUCGGAUGGCCGACACAGACCUUCGAGACUAUGGGCAAAGGUAUGGUUGACGCCCUGACAAAGGCGCCUAAGGAGGUUGCAGGUGGUGGAAAGGCGUUCUUCAGCGGUGUGACCGGCGUUCUCGGCAGCGUCGCGACGCCUUUGGGCGGUACUAGGAAGAACCGCGACUCUAUUUCGAUCUCCAGCAUCGAGCCCACUCCUCCCGGCCGUUCAUCGACCGCACCAACCCCUCCCAUUCAGAAUCGCCAUGGCAGGGCCGAGAGCACAGUCUCCGAGCUUCCCACACACCUCCGCACGGAAAGCACCCUGUCCACCCUUUCAAGACGCACAUCAACCGACUCAGUCCGGGACCCAAACUCCCCAAUCGUCGACCAACAACCAGGCCGCGAACCGAUGAUGGAGCGCCGACCGAGCUACAACCCAGACGGCGACGGCAAACGAUCAAACCGCUCCUCCGUGUACGGCGCAUCGCGCAGCAACAGCCGUGCCCCCUCCACCCGAGCAAGCAUCGACCUUUCCCCAACAAUGGGCGGCGACCAGAUUCUCAAUCUCCCGCCCAUGCCCUCCGAAAUCUCAGACUACUACAAACCCGCACCAAUCCGAAGCUCCACGGAACCUCUCAGUACUCAGGGAGCGACAGCAGCGACAGCACCCGGCACCACCACCACACAAACCCCCUCCGACGCGGCACCGCCAGCCCUCCCCCGCCGCCCGACCCAAUCCUCCAAAUCCCACACCUCGAUAAGCGAAUCCGAAACCACCGUCCUAAUCGAGCUCUUCUUCGCCGUCAUCAACGAACUCUACACGCUCUCCUCAGCCUGGCAGAUCCGGCUGACGCUCCUCAACGCCGCGAAGACGUUCCUGCUACGCCCGGGCAAUCCUCAGCUCACCUCCAUCCAGACGCUACUUCAAUCCACGGUGCUGGACGAAAACACGUCGGACAAGGGCGUCGCGUACCACCUACGCAAGAUCCGCGCCAACUCGCUCCCGACGGAGGAUGAGCUCAAGGCGUGGCCCGCGGAGAUGAGCAGCGACGAGAAGGAGAAAUUGAGAGUCAAGGCAAGGAAGUUGCUCGUCGACAGGGGCAUGCCGCAGGCGCUCACCAGCGUCAUGGGCCAGGCGGCUAGCGGAGAGGCGAUGGGCAGAGUCUUUGAUGCGCUGCAGGAGGAGAGGCUGGCUAGGGGCGUCAUGUUUGGAUUGGUCAUUCAGGGCUUGAGGGGCAUCACGCAAUGAACACUGUGCUUUUCUCUAAUGAACGGCGUUGGAUCUUGGGGGCUUUCGCGAAUGGGACGACAUGUGGGCAUGCCGGUUGUGCUUUUCACGGUGGUUUUAAGGUUGGCGUAGUGGGCUCAAUAUACAUGCAACUGAGCGCACGGUUGGUUUGAACGAUAUCAAUACAUGUAUACUAGUUAUACUAGAAUUAAAUAACGAAU